CGCGCUGUAACCUGUCCGGGAGCGAGCGUGAGUCUCUCACGCGCCUCUCCCUUCCCCCUCCCCUUAGCAACAGAGCCAAGAUGGCGGCCCCCAGUAACGCCGAGCGUUCUCCUGAUCUAUCGGUGCAGCUCAAGAUCCCCAAAACCGAGGUUCCCUCUCCGGAGUCCGAGGAUCUGAGUGACAGCAACCAAUACCAUUCCAACCCUUCCACCCCUAACAGAUUCUCACCUCUGAACGUCGGGGUCUCGCUGUCCGGGGGCGUAGGCCGGAGUGGAUCGGCCUCUGCAUCCAACAGCUUCACCGCCUGCCGUGGCAUGUCAUGGACACCGUCGGAAACAAACGCGCUGAUCGCCGUGUGGGGUAACGAGAGGCUAGCGGAGGCGCGGAUGCAGCAGCUGGAGGUGGCCGGGACGGUGUUUUCUGGCAAGGCGCCGGGACCUGCGAUGUACGAGCGGGUUUCCAGAUCGCUGUCAGAGCUGGGUUACGAGAGGACCCCUUCCCAGUGUCGAGAGAGGAUGAAGACACUGAGACGGUGCUACAGCCGGGUAAAGGAGCACGGCAUUGGGAAGAGGAAAAGCAGUUACUCCAUCGAGCAGCUGGAGAAGGUGUUCGGACAGGGUGGCUGGGACUCCCAGAGCUGUCAGCCUGUGUUGAUCAACAGCAGCGGUCUGUAUCAGGAGAUGGAGUCAGACGGCAGCACUAUGGAGGACUAUUCUCAUGAAGACUGGUGUAAUCAGGACCUCGCUGCAGCCUUUAAUGAAGGAGACAUAGAGACAGAAGAGACCCAGCUUCCAAAGAACAGAGUUCUUCAGAUAAGACUGGAGUCAUCGGAGCACGCUCAACGAAGGGAAGUGAUGCAGAACGUGAUGCGAAUCUUGGAAUCAGUAGAGGUCAAAUGGGAACACUUCCAGACAUGGACUGAAUUCUCCCGUCUCCACCUGUCUAAUAAACUAGCCAUCUUCGGAGUGGGCUACAACACAAGGUGGCGAGAAGAAAUACGCUACCACUAUGCAGAGAUCAGCUCCCAGGUACCUCUAGGAAAGCGUCUUCGAGAAUACUUCAACCCCGAGAAGGCAGAGGGCAGGGUUAUCAUGACCAAGGUGCAGAAGAUGAACUGGAAAAACGUGUAUUAUAAAUUUCUUGACAUAACUAUAAGUGAAGCUCGCUGUUUGGAACUACAUAUGGAUGUAGAUUGGAUACCCAUUGCACAUACCAGGGAUGCCGGUUCAAGUAAAUGUUCCCAGUACCUUUUGCCAGGGGGCAUCCCAAAGACAUACGGUUUAUAUGCGAUAGGGUAUGAGGAUACGGGUGUGUCCAGUUCAACUAACACAGCAGACAAAUCACUAGAGGGUGUGGUGGAUAAUUGUGACGAUGAGAAAAAAGACGAGAGAAUGUCAGCCAAAGUCACAUACUGUUACCUCGGCAUUGCGGAGGAGAGGACGCUACAGCAAUGUCUGUUUCAGCACUUUCAGAAUUCAGGCAAACACUUCAGUCGGGGAGAGCCCUCAGCCAUAACCAGAUUCCUGCAGGAAAACUUCACCAGCCAGUCCAGAGAAGGCACUCAGUCUGGUUUACCAAUUUACAUUAAGUUUAUUGAAGUGGAGCUGGACUUCCUCUCUGCCGGAUCUUUAGUUGAAUGUUUAGAGACAGCAAUUGGCUAUUCCUUAAAGUUCACCAAGUAACUGUAGCAACCAUAAUGGUUACAUUGGCAAAUAAGCUCAUUCAAAGCCAGGAGAUUUAUUCCUUUUAAGCUGAGAAAGUAUUUAUGUGAUAUGUUCGGCAAAGCCUGUUCCACAAGGGAGGAUAUUUUCUUUUGCACGGGCAAUUGUCUUUAUCAGGGAGCGAAAGCUUUCUGUGGCUGAUGUGUGCGAUAGCAGAAGCAUCCAGAAAGUUAGGUCUGUUUAUUUCCAAACUGCCUUGAUUUUAUUCUCUCCAGCCAAUGCAACAGAUCCAAAGCGAACUGUGUGUAAGAAAGUGAAUCCUCAACAAGAAAUCAAAUUAAUAUAAGUAUUAAGUCUAUCUAUAUAGAAGUAUAUAUAUUUAAGAGUAUAUAUUGAUAUCGUCAAGCAUUCCAGCAUUUCCAGUUAUAACAUUCAAAGAAUGUUUUCUUAAGCGUUAUUGAUGUUUUUGUUUGUGAGCUCACACAGUGUCUUUAUGUAUGAUUGUUUCCAGGUCACAGUCUUGUUUACAUUGGA